AUGGAUGAAUUACAGUGGUUUGGCAUUGGAGAUUUAUUGCGACUUGGUCAGAGACUCAGAGUGAUCCGGUUUGGCUUUGGUGCACAAAGCAGUGAAAACCUUGCAAUUUCCUUAAAUUGUUUUGCUAAAACUGGACCUUACUCUCCACGUCACCCCCAAACCCUAUAUAAACUAACUCCCACUCCCUCAUCCUCAACUCAUUUCCAAACUUUAACGCGCCAAAUUACAAUCACCAUGUCCUCUUCCUCUUCCUCCUUCUUCCCCGCCCAUAUCACCACCGACCAAGAAUUCUCCCUCAUCGUUGCCGCCCUCACCAACGUCGUCUCCGGCUCUACCUCCAGCUCCUCCGUCCCUGAAUUCCGCUUCCCGCACUCCUCCCCGCCUCUUUCUGCCGCCAGCCUUAUGCCGCCACCCCUGCCUAGCAUCCACACGUGUCGCGAGUGCAACAUCGCAGGAUGCCUGGGAUGCAACUUUUUCCCCGAGGAACAAAGGAAGAAAUACAGAGGAGUUAGGCAGAGGCCUUCGGGAAAGUGGGCCGCCGAGAUUCGCGAUCGUCAUCGUUCGGCCCGGGUCUGGCUCGGUACAUUCGAAACCGCCGAGGACGCCGCCCGGGCCUAUGACAAGGCCUCGUUCGAGUUACGCGGCCCACGGGCCAAGCUCAAUUUCCCCUUGGUCGACGAGUCGCUCACUCUCCAGCCGGAGAUGGCUGCAACAGAAGAGCAGAUUAACAACGAGGAUAAUCUCAAUCAAGGCAUGGGAAUGGACUCGCACGAAUUCUGGGACAGGAUCAACGAAGCUGAUUUUCAUCCGUUCAUGAUGAUGAUGGAUUUUACUGGAGAUUCUUCAGACUCUGCUGCCACUGGGUACACUCUCAGUUCCUGAAAUUGAUAUUCAAUUAAACCAAAUAAUUAGUUUUGUUAAUGUGCGUUUAACAAUUGUACAACUCGGCUAAGCGUAUUUGUUAAAUUAGCAUUUGCUAGCUCCACUGCAAUACAUUACACUACAUGUAUUUCUGUAAUAUCUUUCUUCCGCUAGGUUUUUUUCGUGAGGAAGUUGCUGCAUAGUACAAAUCAAGAGUUUUAAUGUUUCAUUUCACCACCCCAAGAGUAUGCUAUGUAUAAAGAUUAGCGUAUUAUUACUGUUAUCAAUAAUAGCUAGUUUUAAGAGCAACUUAUCACUAGUCACUUUCAAUUUGUACAUUUUUAGUAUGAUUUAGGAUAUUAUGCUUGAAUUGGUCAUACUUGUCUUUAUUAUGUUUUUUGUUUAAUAAAACUGCUCUAAAAGAGAUUCUAAUAACUUAUGUUGGGUACAUUGGAGCACAGUUAGUUAAGUGUUUGUUUUGGUGAUGAGAAAAUUUUGGGGGCAGAAGUUUGACGUGGACAGACCCCACAGUGUAUCACCUGAGGAUGUAGAUGUCGUGUGUUGCGCAUUGGGACAGUGAUUCUCUUUACCAAGUCCUAAAGAAAAGUUACGAUUAGUGUCCACGAUGAUUGUCACUUUUACAAGAUGUAAUUGAAGCACGUUUUCAUUU